AUGGAGAUAUCAGGGCAAGCUGGACAAUACAACGCCAAAAUCACUAGCUUUGUGGCUCUGUCAUGCGCCAUUGCUGCAACUGGUGGACUUAUUUUUGGCUAUGACCUUGGAAUUUCAGGUGGAGUGACUUCAAUGGGUCACUUUUUGAAGGAAUUCUUCCCGGAUGUGUACAUCAGGAUGAAAGGAGAUAGCAAGACGAGCAAUUACUGUAAAUUUGACAGUCAACUGCUGACCUCUUUCACCUCUUCACUCUACAUUGCUGGCCUUUUUGCUUCAAUCUGUGCUUCAUCAGUUACAAGGGCGUUUGGUCGCAGGACAUCCAUCCUUCUCGGUGGAACUGCAUUUCUAGCUGGUUCCGCCAUUGGCGGCGCCGCGAAUAACGUUGCCAUGCUGAUCAUUGGUCGAGCUUUACUCGGAGUUGGAAUUGGCUUCACUAACCAGUCGGUCCCUUUAUACCUUUCAGAAAUGGCACCACCCAAAUACAGAGGAGCUUUCACCAAUGGCUUUUCGUUCUGUGUUGGAAUUGGAGUUUUAGUGGCCAACCUGAUUAACUAUGGUACUCAAAAAAUCAAAGGUGGUUGGGGAUGGCGAGUGUCCUUAUCAAUGGCUGCUGCACCAGCCAUGAUUCUAACUUUUGGGGCUCUUUUCCUCCCUGAAACACCCAACAGUCUGAUUCAGCGCGGAUAUAGUCCCGAUAAAGUGAAGAAGUUGCUGCAGCAAGUCCGCGGUGUUGAUGAUAUUCAGGCUGAACUGGAUGACCUUAUCCAAGCCAAUGAUACUUCAAAAACAAUCAAACACCCGUUUAAGGACAUUUUAAGAAGGAAAUACAGGCCUCAACUCGUAAUGGCAAUAGCAUUGCCAUUCUUCCAGCAAGUAACAGGAAUCGAUGUGAUUACCUUCUAUGCUCCGGUUCUGUUCAGAACUGUAGGCCUCGGUGAAAGUGCAUCGCUUAUGUCCGCGGUAGUAACUGGAGUCGUUGGCAGCUUAGCGAUCGUCAUGACAUUGUUGAUAGUAGACAAAGUUGGAAGAAAAGUUCUGUUUUUCAUUGGGGGCGGCCUGAUGUUGGUUUGCCAGUUCCUAAUUGGAGGAAUCAUGGCAGUGAAGCUAGGGGAUCAUGGGGGGAUGAACAAUGUAUAUGCAUAUUUGGUUUUGAUCCUAGUGUGCAUCUAUGUUGCUGGUUUUGGGUUGUCAUGGGGACCAUUGGGUUGGUUAGUACCAAGUGAAAUCUUUCCCCUGGAGAUAAGAUCUGCGGCGCAAAGCAUUCGAGUUUCUGUGGAUUUUGUGUUCAUAUUCCUCGGUGCGCAGAGUUUCUUAGCCAUGUUAUGCCACUUUAAGGCUGGAAUUUUCUUCUUUUUCGGAGGGUGGGUGAUGUUGAUGACCGUUUUUGUGUAUCUAUUACUGCCUGAGACUAAAAACAUCCCUAUUGAAAAGAUGGCCAUGAUUUGGAGGGAGCAUUGGCUUUGGAAUAGAUUCGUGCUUGAUGAUGAUGAUGAUUAUGAGAAAUCCGGACUAAAACAAUCCGAAAACAGAUCUGCCUAA